AGAACUCCAAAUCCCGGCGUGCGGCGCGAUCCCUCAGGGAAACUCCAAGUUCCGGGAUGCAUUGCGCGGGCGAGCUGGAUGGAGGUGUGGCGACUCCUCUCCCGUUCCCCUCCUCGCUUUUUUCAGCAUGGCAGCUAAUGCUUCGCGUCCCUUCGAGAAAGCUCCAAGUCCUGGAUGCGUUGAGCGCUUAUGCGAGCGGAUAGUGCUCCGAUUACCUUCUCUCUCCCCAUCUUUCCAUCUCGCUUCUCUGCCGGCUAGGGACUCCAAGUCCCGUCAUGCAUUGCGCGGCGGCGCAGACUACAGCUCCCGACAUGCCGCUUCCGGGAGGCUCCGCCCCCACGGCUGCUCCAGUCAGGCGACGCCGCGGGCAGCUCCGUCCACGUCGGGGUCCUCGUGCGGCCCGGCCUCCUUUGAACGGCUGUGGCGGGCGGGUAGGCGUCCCGCCGCGGCUGCCGCUGCUACUCCUGCCGGCUCCAUGGCCACGGCCUCAGCCUCGGCCGCCGCCGGCGCCCCGGCGCCCCCGACGCCUCCGUCGUCCUCGCUCCCCGGCCCCGGGAAUGCCCGCUCCCUGGCCAGCUUGGAGCGAGACAUGCUCUGGCGGGUGCUCGGCUGGAGGAUCGCCACCAGCGUGGUCUGGUCCGUGCUGCUUCUGCCCGUCUGCACCGGGGCCUUCGUCUUCUUCAGCAGCCUCGACGUCCUGCACCCCAUCCAGUGGAUCUCGGACGCUCUCCACGACCUGUACGGCUCCUGCGUCCUCUCCUCCCUGCUGCUGCUCUCGGCGCUGGUCAUCGUCAUCAGCGUCUUCAACAUCGAGUUCUACACAGUGGUGCCGUCCAUCCCCUGCUCCCGCCUGGCCCUGAUCGGGAAGAUCGUGCACCCGCAGCAGGUGAUGCACUCCCUGGUGCACUCGGCCGUGGGCAUGCUGAUGGCCUGGUGCGCGGCCGUGAUGACCAAGGACCGGUACCACGUCCUGGCCGUGCCCUGCACCGACGCGGACAGCCUGGAGAGCAAGGCCGCCCGCGCCUGCCUGAACGAGCAUCACCUCUUCCUGCUGCUGGCCGGAGCCUUCAUGGGCUACAGCUACAGCCUCCUCUACUUCGUGAACAAUAUGAACUACCUGCCCUUCCCCAUCAUCCAGCAAUACAAGUUCCUGCGCUUCCGGAGAGCUCUGCCCCUGCUCCUCAGGCACAGCGCCGUGGAAUCCCUCUACCUGCUCAGGAACUUCUGCUUCCUCUACUACUUUCUGGGCCAUAUCCCCAAAGCGUGGGUCAGCACCGCGAUGGACCUCCAGAAAGAUGAGAAGCAGCCUCCCCUGGACAGCCUGAGCGGACUCUUGGACCUCUCCUUGCUCUACCACGUCUGGCUCUGCGGGGUCUUUCUCCUGGUGACCUGGUACACCACUUGGGUGCUUUUCAGGAUCUACGCCACGGAGGCUCACGCCUUCCCCGUUCAGCCCAUGUUUACAGGAGAUGUGGAGGAAUGCUUACCCAGAGUCCUAAACGGCAACACUCCCCUCAUCAUAAAGUAUCUGGCCCUGCAGGAUCUCAUGCUGCUGUCUCAGUACUCUCCUUCCAGGCGACAAGAAGUGUUCAGCCUCAGCCAGCCAGGCGGGCACCCCCACAACUGGGUGGCCAUAUCUCGCGAGUGUUUGGCUCUGCUAAACGACUUAACUCAGAAGCUGGUGACGUACCAGGAAGCUGCCGCCACCAAUGGGCGAGUGAAGCCCCCGUCCAGCCCUGUGGAGCCCAAGAAGCCCAUUGUGAUGGAAGAAGAAACCGCCUUUCAGACUCCCAAGGCCAGUCUGAUGUCAAAGUCUCUGAUGCCGUCCCUGGUGAAAGCCUCCCUCUUCUCCCCCAAGUUUGCUUCUCCCGACACCCUGAACCCGGUCUGCUCUCCUUACGGGGACGGCCUGGGCAAUCGGGCGGUGGGGAUGGUGGACAUCAAGUCUCCUCGGCACGAGGGCGUCCAGAGCCCCCAGCUGACCAAGAGAGGCCCCCGACUAUGGACUUCCCUCACAGACCCGCAGAGCAAUGGGCCCCGGAGCCCCCAUGUCUCGCCCCCCCCAGUUCGUCGUGAGGCCCGACAUAAAGGCGGGGGCCCGCCCCGGAAGCUGUGCCAGUGGCUGCAGAGCAAGCAAGAGCAGGUGAAGAGCUUCCUGGCCAAACGGGUGCUGAUUGUGUACUUUUUCAGCAAGCAUCCGGAGGCCUCCAUCCAGGCGGUUUUUUCAGAUGCUCAGAUGCACAUCUGGGCCCUGGAAGGUCUGUCCCACCUGGUGGCAGCGUCCUUCACCGAAGACAGAUUUGGAGUUGUCCAGACCACGCUCCCCACCAUUCUGAGCACGCUGCUGACGCUGCAAGAGGCGGUCGACAAACACUUCAAGCUGCCUCAUGUGUCCAGCAGACCGCCCAGGAUCUCAGGCAGCCUCGUGGACACUUCCUAUAAGACCCUGAGGUUUGCGCUCCGGGCGUCCCUGAAAACUGCCAUAUACAGGAUAACGACCACUUUUGGGGAGCACCUCAACGCGGUGCAGGCAUCUGCUGAGCAUCAGAAAAGACUUCAGCAGUUCUUGGAGUUCAAAGAGUAGUUAAGUAAUAGAAACUGUGUUCAUUACCCUGCUGAUACUGCUGCAGAUGGGACAGUAAAUGUUCAGCAUUCUUGGAUCAGAAGAAAACGGACUAAUUAGACGCUUCCUUUGUCGUGGUGGUUGCUUUGAAAACUAUACUUUAAUGGGAGAAAUCAUGGAAAGAAAUUCUCAGCCGAAUAACAGAAAACUGCUUUUUUGUACUGAUGAUUUUUUUUUUUUUUUUGGCUAGAGAGGGGGAUAAUAAAGUCUUUAUUCCUCUCCGUGAGCAUCCCUUGACAGCGGAUUUGUCUCUUGUUCAUAGAACUUGGAAAGUUUGAGCUCUUCCUUUUGAGGAAGUGGACGGUCGGUGCCCAAAGGUACCUGGGUGUUUUGUUUUUUUGUUUUUUGUUUUUUGUUUUUUUUUUUUUACAAAGAAGCACCACUGCAAUGAGGAGGUGGCAGGCUGCUGGAGAAAGACAGAGCCUAUGGGGAAGGGCAUGUUUUGUUAAUCUGUCAGGUUGUGUUUUUGUUUAUGGGGAGAGAUUAAAUUUGCGUGAUUAUCCAAAAGAGCCUUCUCCGCUUACAGAUGCCGACUUGACAUUCAGGAAUGUGGAAAAUUUCACUUCUUAAGUUACAAGAUUAAACAUAAACAUUCAUUUUUAUGAAAAACAAUCGACCAAAAUCUGUGAAUCGAACUUAGUGAUUUGCUGGUAAAUAAGCAGCGUAUGAGUAUUUGUUUUUUGGACUCUGAAUGAAUGUGCUUGCUUUUUCCAAAAUGGAACUUGAUACAGCGGUAGGGUUUUUAAAAACAAGAGGAAAGUUUUGCAAAAGGGAAAACAUGGACGACUUUUUUCUUGGGAUGUUUUUGGAAGCCAGAUUUCGUUCUGUCAGGUUGCUUUGCAAAGCUCGGGGACCUCGGAGAGGGAACGGCCUUUGCCGUGUUGGCUGUUUAAUUAAAAUAUAGUGACCGAGAAACCAUGUGCCUCUUGUCCACGGGGGUGGGGGCCCUUCCCGGCUUCCAGGGAUGGAGGCUGGGGAUCUCGGGGGUGGGUGUUGUGGAUGAAUUUGCGCACCCCUUCUGUCGGCCGGGCCCCCGCCCCCAGCUUGGAGCGCAGCAUCCUGCACAGCAUGUCCAAUUGCCGGCUGUCGAUCACUUUAAGAUGGGCCGCUUCUGCCCCAAGGCCCUCUUCAGCCAGCACAUACCAAACCAGGAGGUUAAGUGAAUCCUGCUGGCCUUUCAAGUUUCCCUUUGUGAGCAAGGCCCCAAGUUUCGGCCGUCGGGCGCUCUCCCCGCUUUCUGUUGAAUUCCUAACGUGGGAUGGAUCGUUUUUUGUUGUUAAUGUGAAAGUUGAGUUUUGAAUAUCAUCACCUCUUUGCCUGGACCCAAACAAACGCCCCGGCUCACCAAAAGACAAUGGUCAGGCCGUGUCUCGUGGUCCAGGGAGCGAGGAGCAUCGAGCGGCUUAGGUUCCCUUCCCGGUGAGCAGCAUUCCGGGUGAUCCCGUUAAGCAGGGCCGGUGCUACUUAACCUCUUGCUGCCCUGGGCCCGAAUAUGGGGCCAUUUAAGCUUUGGAAUCGGGUUCAAGCUGCUGACCGAGAAUACGAUCUUGCCAUUGACCAGGCGGUCUGGGGGAAACAGCUCAUCCCGGGGUGCCUCUUGCCACUAGGCCUUGUGCUAAAGGCUCCCCACCCUCCCAUGGUCCCUCGGUCAAGUGGAAAGGAGGUGCUGGCAAUGGACAAGGGGGCGUGGGCGGUGGUGGUCUUUAAUGGGGGCCCCUCACAUCUGCGAGGCGCUCCCUGCUGCACCUCCAGGCGUCUGCUCAUCUGCCUGGAGCCCCCGUGGGGCUGGCUUGACCCUGACAACAGCCCCAAAUGCCCCAGAACACCCAACAGGAUGGGCAGCCCCGCCUGUUAGCCCCUCCCGUGGCCAGGCUGGGCAUCCGUUUGUGACUCCACAGAGGUGGCCUCUUAGUUGUGAUUUUUGUGCAUCUUGCUGUAUUUUUCGCUCUUGAACUUUUUUUUUUUUUUAAUAACCUUUUGUAUGCCGAGCAGCUCGAGGUUGGAAAACAACUUGGAAAUUUUAAAUGGUAAUUAAAGUGUGUGGCACGAAAAGG